AAACACUACACGAAUAGAUCGAUGACCUCUUUCAGACCAUUCCCGCUAUUUGUUUAACACCUUCAUUUCGUUAGACCAACAAAAUUUAAUAGUAGAAACAGUCUUAUACACAACAACAUGAGAGGUGGUCUACCAACGGAGAGACGACAACCCGUCAUGAAAAUGGUGGACCAAAAAGUGCAGGUCACUUUAGGGAAAGGUGAUGCAUCUUUUAGAGAGACACCGACGGAAUUAGAAGGGAAUGUUGUAAUGAGUGGCAAAGUUCUUGUUAAUGGCAAGAAGAAAAGACUUAACUUUGGUGCUGCCCUUACCAGAGAAGAGAUCAGUGACAUUGCGGAAGCUACAAUCACUGACAUGGGUCUUGAAGAAUGUUCAGACAGGACCAUUGGAAACUGGCAUUUGCGUGGAAUAAGCGGAGGAGAGAAGAAACGGCUCAGUAUUGCCCUCGAGAUUCUUAGAAACAUAGCAAGCAGUGGCAAAACUGUGAUUUCUUUAAUCCAUCAGCCGAGUGGUGAGGUUUUCGCCCUCUUUGAAGACCUGCUACUUCUGCCUGGAGGAGAAACCGUUUACUUUGGCCAAGCAGAAUCUUCAACAAUGUUCUUCGGUGAAGGGGGUUUUCCUUGUCCUAGUAGAGGGAAUUCGUCUGACCACUUCCUUCGAUGUGUCAAUUCCGAUUUCGAUAAUGUCUUAGUGGCUUUGGUUGAAUCUCGGAGAAUCCAUUUUUGUUUUUCCAUGAGCUUACAAUACACUCAAGCUCCGGAACUCGAUGGUUGCCUCUGCAGGAUUCUUCUUUCUCUCUUCACCAACUACAUGAAACUUCAAACACAUUAGAUCCUCUAGAUGAUAUACCAACAGCAGAAAUUAGAACAACUCUUGUCAGAAAAUUCAAGUGUUCAGUAUAUGCAGCAGCUUCAAGAGCAAAAAGUCAAGAAAUAACAUUGAUAGUA